AGCAAGCUGGGAGCUGGGCCUGCUGCAGUCCAGCACCAGCCUGCUUGGAUGAGUGACAGUACGGUCCAGGCUCUUUGCAACAGCAGCAGUGUCCAGAGGAUCCCUGGCUGUCACCUCCAGUUCCAUGUCAGAGCUCUUAAGCAGAGAAAAUGGGCUUGCUCGGUGCUUGAAGCCAUGAUGGAAUUUCUCUUCUACAAGAGAGUGCAGUCUGCUCUGAUUGGCCCCUUGUACUUGAAGCUGACCAACUUAGAAUCCAGACGAUUUCUCCUUAGUGCAUCCGGGUCUAGAGCUGAACAGAAAGAAUGUUGCCUGUCCCUCAUGUUGCUGUCUGUCCGCAGAGCCCAAAACCAACCUGCGAACCUCCUCUGGCUGCAUGUCUUCCUGAGGAAGAGGCCAAAGGGGAGGAAGAUGCCCAGCAAGCUGCAACUGCUGCCACUGUGGGGCCUGAGCAUCCAGCAUCAAGCAAAAGGGCAGUGCCAGCACCUGCUCUGGCUGCCUCUGUAGGCGAGGCAGAGGCUGAAGAGGAGGAAGGUGCCAAUGAACCUGUCCCUGCUGCCAGCCCACAGCCUGAGCAGCCAGCAUCAAGCUCUGCCUCCUGUGUUGUGGCACCUGCACGAGCUGCAGCUGCAGACUCUGAAGAAGCCUGCAGUGCCCAAGCUGGAAACUCAAGCACCAGCAGCUCGGCUACCUGGAGCACAAGUAGCUCCUCUGGCAGUGCAGAGCAGCUGCCAGAGAGGACAGAGGAGGAGUGGCUGGCCAUGCUGAGUAUGUCCUUUGUGGUGCCUGUGUGCUGGAGCAGUGCCUGUGUGUGCGUGUGUCAGCAUGAGCUGUCCCACCUGCUGCUCCUCCUUCGGCUGAGUGUUGGCUGCUGUGGCUCCACACAGGAGCUGCUGUUGUGUUUGAGGUGGUGAAGGAAGAGCGGGCUCUUGCUCCUGCCCUUCUCACAGGGCAGCCUGGCCUGCUUUGGCUUUGCCUGAGCUUGCCUCAGUUCAAAAAGCAAAUCAGAGCUUGUUUUGGGCUGAGCAGCAGGCUGUGACUUUGUGAGCGCGUCGGCCUCAGGGAGCUCCUGUGGGGCCCAGCUCCUGUGUGCCACAGCCAAGAUCACCUUCGGAACCAACCUGUCCUAAAGGCUCAGGGACCUCAUUGCUAAGGCCAUCGCAGUAACUUCUAACAUCAGCUGCUGCUCUUGAAAGCCAGAAAGGCAUUGUUUAGGCAAUGUUCUGCUUAAAGUUGGAGAUGGCACCUCUGCUGGAAGCAGUUGGUGCUGUUCUUCCGGUUCUGGAAAGGGAAGCUGUUGGUAAAAACGGAUUCCAGAUGCCAAGGUGCCCUUGUGGUUUACAAGGAUCCAAGCUUUCCUUGAAUGCCACAGAGUGUUCAUUGCCAAGAACAGAAAUGUUUUGUUUUUAUACACAGCAGUGACUUCUCUUGCUUACGCUUUGCUGAUCCCUGUAUCCUCUGACUGUUUCUCCAUGUGCUUAGAUUUUAGUUGAGACUUUUAGUUUUGUGCAGGCCAUGUUUGCUGCAGAGCUGCGUGUCUUGCUGCUGUUGUUUUGCUGAUGGUGGUGGUGGUGGUGGUGAAGCGGUAAUGGUGUUGUUGUUUGUCAACGGAGUGAGCUGAAAGGGCCCGGUGUGCCCGAGAGUGGGGCUACCUUUCUGAUCUGCUGCAGAAUGGAGUCUCUGUUUUGAAGUGAGCAUCUUUCCUUUGGAUUUUGACAGGGAUGCUGGUGAGCAAAGGCAAUCCAGAGGCUAAAUAUACAGACCUGGAAACAAUUGGCAAAGGGGGUUUCGGCACUGUGUGCACGGCAGUGGACACUGCCACAGGAGAAAAGGUGGCCAUAAAGAUAAUCAGUCUCCUGCAAGACUAACAGCAACAAACUAUGUGUGAAGGAAAUCCAGGUCAUGCGUGACAAUAAGAACAACAACAUAGUGAACUACGUAGACAGCUACCUGGUGCACGGGGAACUCUGGCUUGUGAUGGAAUACAUGGACGGAGGUUCCUUAUACGAUGUCAUCACAGAGGCCAGCAUGGAAGAAGGAGAGAUAGCAGUUGUCUCUCGGGAGUGCCUGCAAGGCCUGGCUUUCCUUCACUCCAAGCAAGUCAUCCACCGAGACAUCAAAAGCCACAACAUUCUCCUGGGCUUGGACGGAUCUGUCAAGUUGGCUGAUUUUGGUCUUGCUGCUCAGCUGACGGCUGAGCAGAGCAAACGGAGAUCAGCUGUCGGCACGACAUACUGGAUGGCGCCAGAAAUUUUCACCAGGAAGCCCUACUGGCCCCAAAGUGGACAUCUGGUCCUUUGGCAUCGUGGGCUUUGAGAUGGUGGAAGGAGUGCCUCCUUACGGGAUGGAAAGCUCCUGCACGGUGCGCUGCAACUUCUCUCCCACUUCCUCCUGUCACUCUAAGCAAAUCUGCCCCCAUUCUUCUGCCUGGGAAGCUUGGUAACACCUGAAGGCCAUAGUUUGUGGGCUGCAUAGUCUCUUGUGCUUCUUGCCCUGUUUUUUCCCCUUGCCAGUUGAAUUGUGAAGAGCCCUUAAAAAUGAUGAUGCCCUUUGCUCGAUGGAAGCUUUGCCUUAAGGGAGCAGUGAGUAGCGCUGAGCUGCACUGUUUGGAAGAAUCCUUGGGAAUAGCAGAGUAAGACCAAAGUCCCUCUUCCAAAUGGGCUGUAGAGCUGGUGUCAGUCCUCACAGAAGCAAAGUGUGCUUUUGCUGAUGGAGUUGCUCCUAUUUCCCUCAGCCAAUUGAAUCAGGGCUCAAGGCAGGAGCCUUUGCACAUUGAACUGGUUUUGGUUUCUUCUGGCUUUGGGUUCUCUUUGUUGGGGUAGGAAAGGCACCCGCCACCCUCUGGCAGGGAGGAAAGUGCCACUGGAGAGUAGGAGCUUGUCCAGUGGGGUGUGGCUGGGCAGUUUUGGGUGCGAAGGAGACAGGUAGAGUGUGGCGUUGCCUUCUUCUCUAGUUUCAACAGCUGAUAAUCACCAGGGGCACCCCAAAGCUGCGGACACCCAGGCAGCAGUCCGCUUGGCUGCGAGACUUUCUGCACUGCUGCCUGGAGAUAGACGAGGACAGGCGCUGGUCUGCCCAGGAACUUCUGCAGGUAAAAGGCAAAGUGGCUGCAGGCUGUGCCAGCUGCCCGCUGCCAGGGGCUCCUCCUCUGCUCAAGUGUGCGGCAUCAGAUGGGCCCUGCUCCAAAGAAUCUCCAGUCUGGGGGCUUUUCAAAGGAAAAGCAAGGAGAGUGCUGGCCUGCCAUGGCUUGGGAGGAGCCUUUCAAGGUCACCUGGACCAAAUCUCCUGAAGCUGAAGACAUCUGGCUUCAUGCGUUUGUGGGAUUGUGAGCCACGUUGGCCUGUGCUAGCAGGGCCCUGGACGUGGAGACAGAGGUGCAGAGAAUGCCCUCAUUUCUGUACCUUUCUGGCAGGCAGAGAAAGGCUGUAUCAGCCUAUGAGGGAAGUAGAAGUUCAUUUCUUCUUUUUCUCUUUGGGCAGCAUCCGUUUGUAACCUCAGCCAAGCCGACCUCCAGCCUGACACCUUUGAUCAUGGAAGUGCAUCAGUAUCUGGCCAACAGAGAUACCAGUCCUGCAAGAGGCCAUUGUUGUUGGUAAUUUCUUUAGAUUGAUAGUCCAAAUAAAUACUAUAAAACCUUCA